UGUCCUUAAUGUAGUUUUUCUUUUCAUUCACUUAUAAAUAGCCCAAUUCACUUCCAUUUCAAUACAUCUUUUCACAUUAAAACAAUUUUCCCACAAAAUCAUAACAUUAAAGAAAUGACACACAAAGAUGUUUUGUCUCUCCUCCCUUUUAUCAUGCUCUUGUUGAUUAAUGGACAAGGAAGCUUUGCCCGAUAUAUCAAACUUCAGCAAGAGAAUGUACAAGAAAUACAAGCUGAUCAACCUUACCUUGAUGGUUGGCUCAAAAAUCCAUUGAAGAGUCAAAAACACAUUGCUAACUCUAACCAAGUUUAUCUUGAUGGAUGGUUGAAAGAUACACGAGUAGAGAAAAUCAAAUCCUCUCAGAACUCCGAUCAAGUUUAUCUUGAUGGAUGGUUGAAAGAUUCCAGAGCAAAGAAAGCAAAAGACACCUCUGAAUCCAACCAAGUUUACCUUGAUGGAUGGUUGAAAGAUAAUCGAGCUGAGAAAGCAAAAUCUACCGGUGACACCAACCAAGUUUAUCUUGAUGGAUGGUUGAAAGAUAUCAGAGCUGAGAAAGAAAAGUCAACACCUAACUCCAACCAAGUUUACCUUGAUGGAUGGUUGAAAGAUACCAGAGCAGAGAAAGCAAAAUCCACCUCUGAAUCCAACCAAGUUUAUCUUGAUGGAUGGUUGAAAAAUAUCAGAGUCGAGAAAGAAAAGCCCAUGCCUAACUCCAAUCAAGUUUACCUUGAUGGAUGGUUGAAAGAUACCCGAGCAGAGAAAACAAAAUCUACCUCUGACUCCAAACAAGUUUACCUUGAUGGAUGGCUAAAAGAUACCCGAGAUGAGAAAGAAAAAUCUACCUCUGACUCCAACCAAGUUUACCUUGAUGGAUGGUUAAAAAAUACCCGACCAAAGCAAACAGAAACCAUGUCUGACUCCAACCAAGUUUACCUUGAUGGAUGGUUGAAAGAUAUUCGAAACGAGAGAACAAAAUCUACCCCUGACUCCAACCAAGUAUACCUUGAUGGGUGGUUGAAAGAUACCCGAGCAGAGAAAACAAAAUCCACCUCUGAUCCCAAACAAGUUUAUCUUGAUGGUUGGUUGAAAGACACUCGAGCUGAAAAAGAAAAAUCCUCCUCUGAUUCCAACCAAGUUUACCUUGAUGGAUGGUUGAAAGAUAUUAGAGCCGAUACAAAAAAAUCUACCUCUGACAACAACCAGGUUUACCUUGAUGGAUGGUUGAAAGAUAUCCGAGUCGAGAAAGCAAAAUCCACCCCUGACUCCAAACAAGUUUACCUUGAUGGAUGGUUAAAAAAUACCCGAAACUAGUUCAUAUCUUUGUUAAUCAAUGUCUAUGUCAUUUAAAAAACUUGUCAUGUUGUUCCUAUGUUUUUAAUCUCUAUAUUCUGUAAGAUCUUAUUUCUAUGUAUUAAGUAAGAUAUUGUUUGUGUACUAAACAAGUUAUCAUUUUAAUGAACUAGUCGUUUGUGUUUUAAAAUAAACUUUAAUUUAAUUUGAUAAA